UUACCACGUGACCUUUCCUUCAUCUUCUGACUUUCACACAUAUCGCAGUGGACUGUCUUGGUUACCAGAUGACACCCAAUAUUCUGGCCCUAUUGGGAGUCGACCCGUCCGCUGAUCUCAUAACUGUGUUUCUGAAAGAUCUGGUCCAACACCUCAACACAAGUUUGACAGCUCCUGAAGUGAAAUCAUAUUCAGAUGCAGUCUACUUCAACUACUAUCCACUCGGGAUCAGCUUCCUCUUCGUCCCACAAAACGGGUACAAGCCCGCUGCGGGCCUGAAGCGCGAGCAACUCAAAAAUGAUUCACUAGUGCUUGAUAGCAUUAACAUCUACAACUCCCCAAUGCCUAAGGCGACCCCCGAAAAAUCAACUACAUCCAGUCGAACAGCAGAGCUCGCCUUCUCUACUUAUCCCAUGUCAAAGUGGAGCCUACCACUCUCACCUGAGGCUUCGGUUUCCCAUGAGUCCUCGAUUGAGAUUUCGCUCACAACAACUGGUAAAGAUUUUGUCAGCUGCCUCGGAGAACCCGAUAGGAAAGGCGGUGGUGCCGGGCCUUCGUCUGGGUCCAUUGGCAUUUGGUGUGAGUGGUCGAAGCACGGAAUUAUGGUUGAGUUUGGUGGGGAUGAAGCCAGAGGACCGCAAGCCUGGGAACGUGGCAAGGACGCCGUGUGGAGGGUCAUCACAGUGUUCUCCCCAAAGCAAGAAUAGGCUCAAAGUAGAAGGCUAAGUUUGAGCUAAGCAAAACAUAGACGAAGGAAGACAGCUAUUCAUCAUGCGUGACAGCGUGCUCGUCGAAAGAAGCUGCUAUUGAGGCGUGUAGAUUUCUAUGAUUGUGUGCCGCAUCUUUUCUCCCAUGAAGACUACCUUUUUCUCGAGCUCUGGUAACACUAAGACCCAGGUCCUGCAGGAAACUCUCCUUGCGCACCUCAGUCACUUGUUCCUUGGAUUGGAUCUGCAUUCAUCUUGUGCGCUCGAAGCCCGAUCUUCAUCUUGGGGGAAACACGAUCCUCGUCCGUCAUUCACAUUAGUCACGACCUCGCUUCACGCAGAGCUCUAUGCCCGUUUCGUUCAAC